AUGGCAUCGUUGAUGAAUAGUGUACGCGGCCUGGCCUGCCGAAAUACGUGCUUACUUCGUUGCAUACUGGCACGGUCGAUGUCCUCGGUCGUGGUGCUCCGGCGGGAUCGGUGUAACGAGAAGUUUUUGACAGCCCCGGCCUCUGCGCUGCUCUCCCCCUUUGAGCCGAAACAAAACGGUCGAUGGCAACUAGAGAUAGUCAGAAAUUACAGUGCUAAAGAACCGCUAACACUUCAGCUGAUCAAAGAGCGUGUCCUGUUGGUGCUUAAGCUGUACGACAAAGUCAAUCCCGAAAAGCUGACACUGGAAUCGCACUUCAUCAAUGACCUCGGGCUCGAUUCGCUGGAUCAUGUCGAGGUGAUAAUGGCCAUGGAAGACGAAUUCGGCUUUGAAAUUCCCGAUGGAGACGCAGAAAAGCUUUUCAGACCUGCCGACAUUGUGCAGUAUAUCGCUGACAAAGAAGAUAUUUAUGAAUAAGGUUUUCAUAAGCAGGGCCCAACUGUAAAAACCCAGUUUUUGUCAGAUGCUGUAGAUCUUAGUGUGAGAAUUUGAUGAUGAAUGUUUUUAACAGAUACAAUUCAUGGUCACCAACGU